AUGUUGGAAUCCACGCCAGCGACGAAUCUUCACGGCAGCGAUUCGGGCCCCUCGCGCACGCGCAGUACCCGCCGCAAGCUGUCCAAGCAUGGAGUGCUGGCAUCGUCCAUCACCCUGGAGGAUGUUGCCGCCCAUUUUCACCUGCCUGCCGACAAGGCAUGCCAGCAGCUGGGCAUUUCCCUGACCGUGCUCAAGCGCGUUUGCCGUCGCGUCGGCGUGGACAGGUGGCCAUACCGUCGCGUCAAGUCCCUGGAGCGCAUCUUUCACUCCCUGAACGAUGCGCCGGGAUCCGGCGCCGCCCGCGACGCGCACCUGGCCACCUGGUCCAGCGAGGAGUCGGCGCUGGGCACGGUCGUGCUCCACGCCGGCGCCCCGGGGUCGCCAAGGCGCGCGCUGCUGCACGGCGGCGCGGCGCUCGACCUGGGCUGCGCCAGCCCGGAUACCUCGGGGCGGGAGGACGGCGGCUGCGAGGCCCCAACCCCCCGCCGCUCCAGCGACGAGUCCAUGGCCGCCCUGCUCCGGGCGGCGCUGCCCGAGGUGCUGGAGCGGGGCGCGGCUGCGGGCCCCGCACCCCGCGAGCGUCGUAAGGGCACCGACGGCUUUGCCUCCGGCAGCACCAGCGACGCGUCGGCCCGGCCCGAGGCGCGGCCCGACGGGGACGCCUGGGCCCAGGGCCCGUCGCAGCCUGACGCCGCGGCCGUGCGGCAGCAGCUGGAGAGCCUGGCGCGCCAGCUGGGCCACACGCUGUGUGACGUGCAGCUCCAGCCGCACGCCGCCAGGCCAUGA